AUGGAUUUAUUUUUCAAUUAUGACGAUUCUUAACAGGAAUUCGGAUGUUUAUAUUCUAAGUUGAAUGAUAAGAUAUUUAAUAAUUAUUUUUUAUAAAUGGAGAACACAUUCUCAGAUGAACAAGAUCUCAAUACUUGGAACGAGGAUUCGAAUCAGAUAAUGUUGCUAUCUCCUAUUUUGCUGGGGCGCCCUUCUCCUAGAAUGAAAUACAUCCAAGAGGAUUUUUCAGUACAAUCAUUACCGUUUUAAUCUGACACAAUAGAUGAAGAAUAAGAACUCAAUAAUCCAUUAGACUCUGUCGAAAAAAUCCUCAAGAUCACCAAAAAAAUAGACAAAAAAACUAAAAAGUAUAGAAAAUAACCAAAAACCACUUCCAAUCCAAUCUUAAAUGCUGCAAGGGACUUCUUUUCUUAAGUCAAACAAAGCAAUCCAGCUCAAUAAAUCCAACAAUUUCAAUAGAUAAAAUAAAUGAUAGACAGUAUGGAGGAUUUUCUCGGACAGGUGAAACAAUAACUCAUAACCUAAGUCCACUAAAAAGGCUCCAGAGUUUGAACUUUAUUUAGUUAUUUAUCUAAAUAUUAUAAUAUAUCCUAGAAGUUAGAA